UCAUUCUUUAAGUAAUAAGAGCACGAGUAGUUUGUAUCUUCAAAUCUCUUCACUCUUUACACCAACACGUCUCAUCCGCCUGGUCUCGUUCACUUUCAGAAUCCAGCCUUAUUUAACUAGGAAAAUAUUUCUAUUUAACGUCAACAAUGGAGUCAAGGUCUAGUCCAAGAAAGAACAAUAAUAGCAAAAGGUCAAUCAUUGCUACAGUUGUCAUCGUCGUCGUAAUUGCGUUAAUUUGCUGCUAUUUCAUUUUCAAGCCGAAACAAUACAACACAUUUGAAGAUUUAGCUGUUCUCAGCUAUGGCGAUACUUGCAACCGAGAGGCAGAAACACUCCGAUCUAAUCUGCCCUUGACAAUGGACAACAUUUUCCUCAAGAAUCAAGUCAACCUUAGAAACUCUGUCGCGACGCCUUUCAUAGAGUCGGGAUUCACAGAAAAGAGGGUCGAGCUUUGUAAUCCAUACGAACUGCUGGUAUGCAACGCUACCACGGCAAAAUGUGACUGUGGGGAUUACUCACUAACCUCAAUUUAUGGGGAACGCUACGCCCCGAGAAUGAUCGUUUCCGAGAGAGGUGGUUCCUUAAGGAAGAAAAAUCACAAAAUUUGCCGCUGGGCUCAUGGCACGUAUUGUGUCCCAAAUAACGUUACCAGCAGUUUUGAUCAAAAUGUUCGUUAUGACUUUGGUUGCACGGACGGGACAAGCUGUAAAGUUAAGGGGUCAGGAAAACCGUGCACGAUGGAAACCUUUGAAACAUAUAUGGAGGAAAAUGAGAGAGAAAAGUUCACAACGGAUCUCUACACUGGAAAAAUUUGCACGUGUCAACCGGACAAUUAUUAUUUUAGAGUGUUGGAAGUCCUGACCUGAAUACAAAUCUGGAUCCAGAUUAAUUUGAAAGUUAACUACAGAAUGUUGUGUUCCUAAAAAAUAUGUAUUCACACAUUUUAUUUUUUGCAGCUAAAUAGUUUCUGUUAUCACAUUUUUGUACACAAUUUUCCACGCUUGUUGUAUGAAAUUAAUAAACAUCUUGCAUGAUUUGACGACACAA